UGCGCCUGGGCUGCUGGGCUGGGGAUCCGGAAAUAGUCAUGGUGCCCGUGGUUUGUGGUCCCCCUGUCUGCCUGUGCCUUGUUCGUUCCCGUGUCAUGUCAUGUCUCUCUUUUAAAUUUUGAGCCUGGCCAUUUCUCUGCGCACGCUCUUUUCGUAAACUUCGUUUCUGGUUUAAGCCUUACUUCAAACCGUCGUCGAUCUAUCUGAAUUUUCUUCUGCGGCUGGAAAAGUGCAGGUCACCGCCUCGUUUUCUUCUUCUUCUCUUUUUCAACAUUCCAGGCUUGACGUCUGUUUUCUUCAUACGUUCCUUCGACUGCUCAAUUCACUCUUUUUUCUUCUUCAUUUUCAUCUUCAAUCUCGUUCUUUUCUUUCUUUCUGAGCUAGACUCGAAUUACCUUCUAUCACCAGCCAAGAUGCUUUCUACGACUCUUCUUCAGUCCCUUGUCCUGCUCGUCGCCGGCGCGAGUCUCUCUUCGGCAAGCCCCGUCUGGCCGCACUACUCGAUCGAUGGCGAGCACCUCGAAGUCCUUCACAUGAGAGCCUCGACGUCGGUGAAUCCGGCGGCGGUGUCGGGCGUGGAGUGCAUUGACCGAAAUAAAAACAUCGUGUUCCACGAUCAAAACGUAGCAGAACUUGCUAUCUGUGGAGGCAUCGCAGGGUCUAUCCAGAAGUGUGGUGGCGCGCCCAAGACCACGACUGGUCGAUCCGGUAGCGCCGAGUUCAAGCUGAGCGCGGCGACAUCGGGUGCUACGAUCAACAUCUCCAAGGGCCGAUGGGAGCAAUGCAUUCGCGCAGCCAGGGCCGUCUGCCCAACAGGUAGCAUGAAGGGCACGUGUGCGGGCGGUGCAUCAAGCGGCAACGUGGACUUCACGCUCGACUCGCCGUUGUAAAGGAGUGGACAGCCAAUCAGUCCGCAAUGUACAAAAAGUCUCGGGAAUCACUCGCAUUAUGAAGGGCACGGAGGAGGACUAAAAAGAGCUAUGCUUUUCUUUUGUAGAGAUCUGGCGUGAGGCGUACGUGUAUGGGGUCUCGGAUACCCUGGCGGACAUCGGGACUCAGGGCGUUUGGCAGGUUUGGCGCGCAUAUCCCUUUUUUCGUCUAUGCGGCGCCAUCGUGGACAUCGCUGCCGCGUUGGUUAGGUAGACCUGUACAAAAUAUAUACGCACAUACAUAACCUUCAGCUGAACUGGAGGGCUGACGGAAAUAAAUAAACGCUGUAUAUAUCUUUCAACCAACGAAAUUCAUUUAAAUAAUGA